GAAAGAUGUAUGACUAAAAAGGAAAUUGUGACUUGAGAAUUUUCGUUAGUGCUUUGCUUCCUUGUUUCUUUUUUUAAAAUUGCUUUAUUUAUUACUAAUGACAUCAGUAAGACAACCAAAGAAGAGAAUCAUUAGACGUGGUGGAGCUGAACAAGAAGAUGCUUCCAAUUUGAAGCUGGGAGAAGAAUUUGAUAAUGCACAAUGUUUAUAUCUAUCAGAGGUUCGAGUAAUUUUAGAUGCACAAGAUAAUAAAGGCAUAGAAGUACAGAAUAGAGCAACAACAAAUGCUGUUUUAGCGAAAACAUUAGAAUAUGUACGUAACUUUGGCAGAUAUAAUACCAUGGAAGCUGUUCGUGAAGUUAGACAGAUUAUGGCCAAAGAUUCACUGACACAAUUCGAAGUUGCACAAAUGGCUAAUUUAUGUUGUGAGGAAGCUGAAGAAGCCAAGGCACUUAUUCCAAGUAUAUCAACAAAAUAUGAUGAUGACGAGCUUCAAGAAGUAUUAAAUCAAAUGCAACAGAUCAGAAAGUUCCAAGGUUAAAAAAGUAUUUGGAUAGCUUGUUUGUAAACUUUAUUAAAUGUGGAAAAAGAAGAAAGGAAAGGGAUUUCAGAUUUUUCUAACUAGAAGACUAAUGAAUAAAAACAACGCAUUAAAUCCAGGGGUAUUGUUAGUCAUUUGAAAGACUUUCAGUGCCGUGUUUUAAUUUGUAAACAAAAAUAUCAUAUAUAUUUAAUUCACUGUUCACAUCGCGAUUCCACAC